GGAUCCAUCCCGGACCGAUCAAUUUCACGAUUGUUCUCCGUCAAUCCAAUAAAGGCAAGUGCUUUUUUAAAAUUUACCCGCGAAUUGACGAAGGAAGAGAAGUUUAAGCUCCAAUGGAGAGAAGUGAGUCCGUUGAUGAAGAUGUACAAGCAUCUGCGUAUUUAGAGAACGACGAGAUUCGUGAAAGAGAUGAUCCAAUGUCAGAUGGUGGAUGUACUUUAGGGAUAGGAGAAGAAGCUCUAGUUUGUAGUAGUGAGCAUGAGAUUGAUGUUGGAUUUUGUCAAAAUGAAGAGAGAAAGAGUGAAGAAGAAACAACGGGAGAGUUUGAUGAACAGAGGGGUUUAGUUGUUGAGAGAAAAGAAUUUGAUGCACCGGCGGUUGGAAUGGAGUUUGAGUCUUAUGAUGAUGCUUAUAACUAUUAUAACUGUUAUGCUACUGAAGUUGGGUUUCGAGUAAGAGUAAAGAAUUCGUGGUUUAAGCGGCGUAGUAAAGAGAAGUAUGGUGCGGUGCUUUGUUGUAGUAGUCAAGGUUUUAAGAGGAUUAACGAUGUGAAUCGUGUUAGAAAGGAAACUCGAACUGGUUGCCCUGCUAUGAUAAGAAUGAGACAGGUAGAUUCUAAGAGGUGGCGGGUUGUUGAAGUUAUGCUUGAUCAUAAUCAUUUGCUCGGUUGUAAGUUAUAUAAAUCGGUUAAAAGGACCGGGACCAAGAGGAAGUGUGUAUCUAGCCCAGUCUCAGACGCUAAGACGAUUAAGCUGUACCGGGCGCAUGUGAUUGAUAAUGGGAACAACGUGAACCCAAAUUCGACUCUUAACAAAAAGUUUCAGAAUUCCGCUGGGUCACCCGAUUUGCUGAGCCUUAAGAGAGGAGAUUCCGCAGCCAUUUACAACUACUUUUGCCGUAUGCAAUUGACAAAUCCAAACUUUUUUUACCUGAUGGAUGUAAAUGAUGAAGGUCAACUACGGAAUGUAUUCUGGGCAGAUGCUUUCUCUAAAGUCUCUUGCAGUUACUUUGGCGAUGUCAUCUUCAUCGACAAUUCUAAUAUAUCCGGAAAAUUCGAGAUUCCACUGGUGACAUUGACUGGAGUGAAUCACCAUGGGCAAACUACAUUACUUAGUUGUGGUCUUCUUGCUGGAGAGACAGUGGAGUCCUACCAUUGGUUGCUCAAAGUAUGGCUCGGUGUCAUGAAGUGUUCUCCUCAAACCAUUGUCACAGACAGAUGCAAGCCUUUAGAGGCUGCAAUCUCUCAAGUGUUCCCAAGAUCUCAUCACAGAUUCAGUCUGACACAUAUAAUGAGGAAAAUUCCAGAGAAAUUAGGAGGGUUGCAUAACUAUGAUGGUGUGAGGAAGGCAUUUACGAAAGCAGUUUACGAAACCUUAAAAGUUGUUGAAUUUGAAGCAGCUUGGGGAUUCAUGGUUCACAAUUUUGGGGUUAUCGACAAUGAAUGGCUCCGUUCCUUGUAUGAAGAGCGAGCUAAAUGGGCUCCGGUUUAUCUCAAAGACACGUUUUUUGCAGGAAUCGCCGCUGCUCAUCCUGGAGAAACCCUGAAUCCAUUUUUCGAGAGGUAUGUUCACAAGCAAACACCGUUGAAAGAGUUUUUCGAUAAGUACGAGCUAGCUCUUCAGAAGAAGCACAGGGAAGAAACUCUCGGCGACUUAGAGUCUCUAACCUUGAACACCACCGAGCUUAAAACAAAGUGUUCUUUCGAGACACAGCUCUCGAAAAUCUACACGAAAGACAUGUUCAAGAAAUUCCAAGUAGAGGUAGAAGAAAUGUACUCAUGUUUCAGCACGACACAGGUUCACGUUGAUGGACCUUUCAUAAUCUUCCUUGUGAAAGAACGGGUCCAAGGAGAAUCCAACAGAAGAGAAAUCCGUGAUUUCGAGGUUCUGUACAAUAGAUCAGUUGGUGAAGUACGGUGCAUUUGUAGCUGCUUCAACUUCUACGGAUACUUAUGCAGACAUGCUCUAUGUGUUCUCAAUUUCAACGGCGUUGAAGAAAUCCCAUUACGGUAUAUUCUACCGCGGUGGAGAAAAGACUACAAACGCCUCCAUUUUGCUGAUAACGGCUUGACCGGUUUCGUGGAUGGCACAGACCGGGUUCAAUGGUUUGAUCAGUUGUAUAAAAACGCUCUUCAGGUAGUUGAAGAAGGAGCGGUAUCUUUGGAUCAUUAUAAAGUGGCAAUGCAAGUUCUUCAAGACUACAAUCUUCAGCUUCGAGGAAAAGUCCGAUCAGAUCCAGAGUUUACGAACUGUAGAUUCCGUGAAAUGAAGUUCAAGGCGUUUCUUACUGAAAAUGGUGUGAAUCUUUUAGAGAAGAGGUUUCUUCCAGCAUUUGACAAAAUGGGGAAGAAUUGUCAUCUUCUUCUCACUAAAGAACACUUGUUCUUCCUUCAUAAUCUUCUCAAUGGUGAUGGAGUUCAAUGCAUUGCUCAGUUCCGCAAAGACGUUCUCUUUGAUGACUAUCGUAUAUCGAGCCAGAACGAGGAUCGUAUCGCUUUCUCCUUGGAUAUUGCUCUUUUGUAUCGAGCAGUGAAGAGCAGUGUUAGUAUUUGUACUGAGUUCAGUGGUGGAUUAGCUGCAAACAGAUUGCAGAUCAAACUUGUCAAAAAACUGCCUCCUAACUGUACUCAACCGAUGCCGUUUCUCACUUUUGAAACGAAAGGAUACAAAUCUGCAGUUAUUCAAGAUGUUCCGAUUUCAAAACCGCUGUCUCGGUCUCAAGUUAUUGAUCUUCAAACUGCUCUUGACUCGGCUCAAGACCUGCCUCCGACUCUUGUUCAAGUUCAAGACCCGAAUCAGUUACAGAACUUUGUGGAUCAUAUGAGACAUGUUGGGGAUGUUCUUAAUGUUACGAUAAGCAAGCACGGUGAUCUGCAAGUGCAAAUCUCAACGACUUUGAUUAGGCUUGGUACUGAGUUCCAGAGGCUUUCGGUUAUUGGCGAGAAAUCUCAGGCUCCUGUUGAAGAUAGGAACUUAAGUGCUCAGGCUCGUUCAGAGAGAGCUAUUGCUAGAGGAGAUGCUCAGUCUGUUCAAGUGAGUGUAAAACACUUUUCGAAGAGUCUUCAAUGUCACUUAACCAAACCAGAUUCUGCUUUCUAUGGAAUUGCUCCUCAAGGUGCUUGUUUGACAGUGAUCUUCCAGUUCAUGGUUCCCGGGACUCGUCAAACCGAUAAAUCAAUCAGUUUGCAUUGCCGUCUUCCCGUGCUGGAUCCAGGGUCCAACUGAAUCUUCAUUAAGGUUAACGCGGUUUAUGUGAUCAAAUGUCUUAGUUUGCUUUUAUCAGAAAAACUUUCUCAUUAAUACCAAAUAUGUACCACUACACUCUCUUACAAGCUCUCAAGCAUCAAUGAUCACAAUUCUCAAAUUGAAAAGAAAAAACACAGUAAACU